AUGGACUCUGUCCUCCAGUCUUCUAUAGACGAAUGGCUCCGCUUAGAUAAGAAUGAGAACACUGUUGCCGAGAUCAAGAACUUAGUAUCAAGAGGUGAUGCAAAAGAACUGAGGAGUCGCAUGAGCAAACGCAUAGAAUUUGGGACAGCUGGCCUUCGAGGCAGAAUGGAGGCUGGCUGGGCACGUAUGAACGAUCUAAUAGUCAUCCAAGCCUCACAGGGUCUCUGCGCAUAUGUUCUCCGUGAAAUUCCUGAAGCCAAGAAACGCGGUAUUGUCAUAGGCCACGAUCAUCGACAUCAUUCCAAAGAGUGGGCGAAGCUUGUCGCCAUGGUCUUUCUCAACAAAGGCUUCAAGGUUUACUUGCAUUGUAAACUUGUCCAUACACCUUUAGUACCAUUUACAGUGUCAGAACUACACGCUGCAUGCGGUGUAAUGAUCACCGCCAGUCAUAAUCCGAAGGAAGAUAACGGGUACAAGGUGUACUGGGAGAAUGCCGUACAGAUCAUAAGCCCUCAUGAUACUGGCAUCGCAAAAGCAAUCGAAGAAAACCUCGAGCCUGUAUCAUGGGACACAAGGAUAGUCGAGUCAUCGUCAUCCUGCGAAGACGUGACUGAGAGUAUGAUCGAGUCAUACUAUGCUACACUUCAGUCAUUAUCUACGUCGCGGUCACUUUGCCUGCAGAGUAAUUUGAAGUUUGUCAAUACAUCAAUGCAUGGUGUGGGGCAUGUUUAUGCCGUACGAGCAUUUGAAACAUUCGGGUUACCUGCCUUCCUCGCCGUCGAAGCCCAGCAAGACCCAGAUCCGGAGUUUCCUACCGUCUCGUUUCCCAAUCCGGAGGAGAAAGGUGCUCUUGAUCUUGCGUUGAAGACUGCAGAUGGAAUCGAUGCGACAUAUGUCCUAGCACAAGAUCCAGAUGCUGAUCGGUUUUCUGCUGCAGAGAAAGGAGUGGAUGGGAAAUGGAUUACUUUCACAGGAGAUCAGCUCGGCGCUAUACUAGCAGCAAGAUGCUUGGAAACCUAUCGAGAGACGGGUCAGCCAUUAAACAAACUUGCAAUGGUAGCCUCCACCGUUAGUUCCAAGAUUGUCGAGGCAAUGGCCUUGAAAGAAGGGUUUAAGUUCGCCGAAACGCUGACGGGCACGAGCUUCAAGUAUAUCGGAAACAAGGCUCAAGACUUAGAAAAAGAAGGAUACAGCGUACUUUUCGGAUACGAAGAAGCGAUCGGCUUCAUGAUUGGGCCUUACAUUCGGGACAAGGAUGGAAUAUCCGCUACUGCUGUGUUUGCUGAGUUAGCUGUCAAGCUUGCGUACGAGGGCUCUAGCGUAUCUACAUACCUGCAAGACUUAUAUAGAAAAUAUGGACAUUUCGAGACGGCGAAUAGCUACUUUAUUUGUAAGGACCCUCCAACCAUUGAUCGAAUCUUUGCUAGGCUCCGCGCAUACAACCAAGCGAGAGAAGCAAACUACCCAUCUACUAUCGCAGGUCUGAAGGUGACGAGCAUUAGAGAUCUAACAGUUGGUUACGACAGCACAAACCCACCAACGUACCAACCAACUCUUCCGCUAUCGUCUGGGCACAUGAUUCAAUUCAGGGCGCAAUCCGAUCUUGAUGACACGAAGAUUACGCUCACUAUAAGGACUUCUGGAACGGAACCCAAGAUCAAGUUUUACCUCGAAGGAAGCGGCAGUGACGUCAGAAAUGUGAAAACCAUUCUUCCGAAAGUCGUUGCUGAACUUCGUGAUGUAUGGAUGGAGGCAGAGAAGAAUGAACUGCAGAUGCCUUGA